AUGCCCAACAAAUCACCUCAAUAUGCAAAUGACCGAUGCCAUUUUAGUAAAAGCCAUCUUCAUUCUCCGUUUGCUCGUUGCACGAUUUGCAACAUAAACAUUAGUAUGCUUCGUAUGGGAAAUCAACCACCACCCACUAUUUAUCAACCGAAGCACCACGAGCAUACCCUCACUCUUCUUUUAAGGUUAGUCACUUUUACAUGUAAUGCAUGUGGUGUGGAAGAUUGUAUUGAGGAUCUACCGAGAGUCAUAUGCAUCAAUAGGCAUGACCAUCGCAUCUCUCAUACUUUCCAUCUUGGCCAAGGAGAAGGAGAAUGGGAAUGUGGAGUUUGUCGGAAGAGGAUUGAUUGGGUAUACGGAGCUUUUAAAUGCUCUCGUUGUCCUAGCUACGCCGUUCAUUCAAGAUGUGCGACUAGAAAGGAAGUGUGGGAUUUUAUCGAACUUGAAGGUGUGCCCGAGGAAGAAGAAGAAGUCGAAGAACCAUACAGGGUAAUCAACGAGAAAGAGAUCGUUCAUUUUAGUCAUGAAGAACAUGUUCUCAGAUUGGAUGAGAAUAAUGUUAACUUGCGCUGCCAAGGUUGCGUUCUUCCCAUCAACGGAGAUCCAUGCUACAAAUGCGUGGAAUGUGAUUUCGGCCUUCACAAAGCGUGUGCUAGUCUUCCUCGGAAGAAGCGACGUUUAUUGCACAACCACAAACUUGUUUUACAAGUUGAUGACUCUUCAGGGUUUUGGUGUAAAGCUUGUAGAACAAUUUCUAAUGGUUUUAGGUACAAGUGUGUUGACGACUGUGACGAUGAUGUUGUGUAUGAUGUUCGUUGUAGUUCGGCAUCGGAACCAUUUCAGCAUGAUCUGCAUCCACAUCCCUUAUACUGGACACUGGAACGUUCCAAACGAUGUCAAGCUUGUAACGUGGAAACCAAAGAUAAUAUCUUAAGCUGCACGGUAUGUGAUGAUUACGCAUUAUGCAUGGGGUGCGCUACUCUACCAAGAAAAGUAAAACACAGGUGUGAUGAUCAUUUCCUGUCGUUAUGUCAAGGUGUCGGAAACGCAAGCGGUGGUAACUUGUGGUGUGAUAUCUGUGAGACCAAGACAGAUCCAAAUGUGUGUUACUAUACCUGUGAAGCAUGUGGUCUCAGUCUCCAUCUUAAAUGUGUUCUUGGAGAUUUUUAUUAUAUGAAGGUGGGAGGCACAGAACCCAAUCCUGUAAUAUUUGCCAACAAUGGAGUUACUCGACCAUUUUGCAUCGCUUGUGAGGCUCGUUGCAAGUUUCCCGUCAUCCUGUGGGCAGCUAUAAGUGACCUUUCUGCUGGCUACAUUUGUUCGAGUGACUGUGCAUAUAGGCUAGAGGAUAAAUAUUAG